AAGCUUCCUUUUUGCGGCGUUUGUCUUUUCAGGAGGCUUUCCGUGGGUUCUUCCGUUCUCCGUGUGUGUGUUCCCACCUAGGGAGACCGGAAUAUCGGACGUGCCGCCUACGGCUGCCGUACUGUGUGGAGAGGGCCGGCGGGUGUCAGGCGACAGAGGCUGAACAAUUUCAUCUGAUCCCAGGGAUGUAAUAGAACUUAAUAUGGACGAAGAUGUGAAAGAAAUGAUCUGGGAGAGUGAAAAUAACUCCAAAUAUAAAGCACAUUUUAAAGAUACGGCACAGGAAUCAUUUUGUACUUACAAUUUUCAGCCUACUCCUUUGCAUCAUAGGCGGUUUGACAGCUCUAUUGUGAAGACACUUCAUAAGCCAUUUUUUAACACAGAAGUGUCAAAGCCUGAGAAAAACAUGGCUUCUGCAGUCAACACCAAGCUCACACAGCCUACUAACCUCAGUAAAGCGAAAUUGAAUGGCAAUGGUCAUUCCAGUAUUUUCCCAGCACACUUCAUGUUCCCGCAAAAAACAGCAGCAAUAAAAAACGCAGAUGUAGAAUCACAGAAACCAAGCAGAACCUUCAAUGCAGUUGUUGGAAAGCCAAAUCACACCAUUGGCUCAGCUUUUGAAAAAUCUUUUCCUAUUAAAAAUGCUGCCAGUUUAUCUUCAUGGAGUGGUGUUUGUCGUCGGAGCCCUAAGAAAAUGCAGAGACGACAAAUCAGUACAGUAGAAGAAACUGUACGUUCAGAAGAGAAGGAAAUCUAUAGACAAUUGAUUCAGGUUGUUACCAGAAAAUCUUUUUUGUCCACAAAUUCCACAACGUUUGUACCUCCAGACGUGUCGCGGAGAUUAAGUUCAAGUAGUGUAUCUGGUCAACCUGGUGCUUCAAGUUUGAGUUCUUUAGAGCCUUGCACUUUGGAUGUGGAACCUACAUACCAGCCUCCAUUUAGUUUGGUUUCAGAAAGGCGAACGACUGCACCACUUUCUGUUGAUACCACUUUCAGAGUUACAUUUGAGAGCAGAGACGUUAGCAAACACCAGCUUCACAGAGAACAGCAGUCUACCACUCUAGAGCAACCUAAAGAUUCAGACUCUGUUAUUGUACUUGAUUCCAUUUCCAAAGAAGAUGUUCAUCCAAGCCAUCCAAUCUUUGAGGCAGAACUAUGGAUUAAAGAACUCACCAACCUCUAUGAUUCAAGAGCAAGGGAAAGGAGGAGGUUGAUCGAAGAACAGAAAGCACUUGCCCUAAAGCUUCAAAAGCAGAGGCUGCAGGAACACUCUGUACAUGAUGCCGUAGACUUAAAUCUUCGUGUACCUCUGGAAAAGGAAAUUCCCGUUACCUUACUUCCAAAAAAAGUGGAAUCUGUCCAGGAAGAGCAGGAAUUCCCAGAGCUUACACCGGAAAUGGAGAAGGAAAUAAAGCAUGCGCUUUAUGGUGGCAGCCAGGAUCAAGUUUUAAGUGAAGCGUUCAGGUUGACAAUUACUCGCAAAGAUAUUAUGACCCUUAAUAGUCUAAACUGGCUCAAUGAUGAGAUAAUAAACUUCUAUAUGAAUCUUCUGAUGGAAAGAAGUCAACGGAAAGGCUUGCCAAAAGUUCAUGCGUUCAAUACAUUUUUUUUCCCGAAGUUAAAAUCUGCUGGAUUUCAGGCAGUGAAACGAUGGACAAAGAAAGUGGAUGUUUUUGAUGUGGCUAUUUUGUUAGUGCCAGUUCACCUUGGAGUACAUUGGUGCUUGGCUGUGAUCGAUUUUAGGAAAAAGAGUAUAACGUACUAUGAUUCUAUGGGUGGACUUAACAAUGAAGCCUGCAGAAUAUUAUUGCAGUAUUUAAAACAAGAGAGCCAAGACAAGAAGGGAAUCUCUUUUGAUACUAAUGGGUGGAACCUGAGCAGCAAGAAAAGCCAUGAGAUUCCCCAACAAAUGAAUGGGAGCGAUUGUGGAAUGUUUGCCUGCAAAUAUGCAGAUUACAUUACCAAAGAUAAACCUAUCACCUUCACACAGCAUCACAUGCCCUAUUUUAGAAAAAAGAUGGUUUGGGAAAUUAUUCACCGUAAGCUGCUUUGAUGGUGUCCAUAUUCGUCCACUCACUGUGGUGAUGGUGAAGGAUUGGUCAGUCUUCGUAGUAGAACAUGGACCAAGAAUUAAGUGCUUGUCCACACGUUUACAACUGUAAAAUAAGCUAGCACUGUUAUUUAUGACCGAUUAUUGCCCCAAUUGCCAACUUCAUUAACUUUUUUUUUUUACACUAUUAUUUAAGAACAAAGUAUUCUGUAUUCACAACUUAGUUAUUACAUGUUUGUAAUUUUGGUAAAUUGGAUAGAAAUCAGAUUGAACACUAUCGUAUUCUGACAUCUCCAUCAUAUGGCAUGGUGUUGAGUACAUAAUUUCAGCAUCAUUUGUGAAGAAACUGAACAUGAAUUUUUUUUUUUUACUGUACUUUGUAAAGGCAAAGUUUUAUAUUCCCAUCAUUGUAAAGUAUUGUUUUAUAUAAGUGUACUUAAGUAUCUCAUCGGUUUAUUUCUGAUUUCUACUUUUCUACACACAAAGGUAGAUUUACUGAAGAAAAAAGGUACCAUAUAUUUAAUUGUGUACCAUAUUUGUACUUUACUAUAUAACAUUUGGUUUGUAUCUGUAAAUUUGUACUGGUUAUCAUUCAGCUUCAAGCCUACCUCAGUUCUAUAACUGCUUACACCAGCUCAAAGCUAUUAUUGCCUUCAAUAAUUGUCUAAGGGUGCUAUGACACAUUAGCUUUUUUAUUUGUGGCAAAAUAACAAAUAUAAAAAACGCAUGCAGUUUUUUUUUUGUUUUUUUUCUGUAAGUGGUGGGUUUGUUCAGCUUUUAUUAACUGGUGACCUAUCCUCAG